GAGAUGUACAGCAGCACUGCAUAGUAGCAAGCCUGGUAGCAAGCUAUAUUCAGCACGGCUGAACCGAUUUUUGGCUUCUUUAGGAUGAUACGAUGAACGGGGAAGUGUAAUAUUUCAGCAGGAACCGAUCGGAGGAUAACAAAUUUGAACGUGACUUUCUGAAUCCUGACUUAAAAGAUUCCACCAGGUGAGGAACAAAGAACAAAGCUCGCGAUCAUGCAUGCUAUAAGACUUGAUGUUUGUUUUAUGGAAUGAAGUAAACUAUUUCCUUAGAGCUAUUAUAGUUUAUUGAGGAUGGUAUCCAGGGCUCAAAAACAGAAUACUUUUGUUUCGAGCACUGUAAGGAGGACUCAAACAAAGUUUCGUGACCAAAGCUUACGGUCACACCUGCAGGAGAGCCCGUCGUGCGCUCGUGUCAAAAUUUCGAAUAUUUUAUGAAGGGUCAACAAACAACCUUCCAACAUCAUCAGUUGAACUUAGCGUUCUAACCAUUUUGGGAGGACUUUAAGCUACAUCUGGCAAAGAAUUGACAUUUAUCUUGUGCAUGCUAGGGCCCAAGUUUGAAAUUGGUGUACUGAAUGUUGCGUGAACGCUUAUUUUUUACAGGCAAUUAAGCCUUCAAUUCAAAUAUCACGACAUCUUUUUGACGGUUGCGCUUUUGAUCGAUUUCAGACAUUCGGGUAGAUAACCGACCGAAGUGACCUGUAAAACUCUUUAAGCUAAUGUAUAAAUGACUUUGGAGUUUCAAUGGCUGACAAUGUAACUGAAAAAGGCCUGUAUACCGCUUGGCUGAAGUGUCAGACUAGACUCAGACGUCAGUCUUCCCACCCUAAUCGCGCGCUGGCUUUUUGACAGUGCCCAAGUUACUUGAACGAAUUCUUCCUAUUUCACGGCGUAGUCAAUGGAACAAAAUCGAACGAACAUUUAAUCUAACUCAAUUGUCAUUGGAAAAAUAAUUUUUAUGAAAAAAAAAAAUAUUCGCUCACCAUCUUCCUCUGGGUUUGUUAGUCAGAUGAUGACUACGGUUUUCUGAUCUUCACCUUUUCCUAUUUUAUGACCUAGCAGUAACCGAUGGUUAGGAAGUGCGGGCUAGCCUGGGACCAGGCUCCGCAGUUGGGGAAAAAGUCAUGAAACGGGGAUAUUUUAAAUAGGAAAAAUAUCCGGGGGAGCGAAGCAAGUUGAGCGGUGGCCUGUAGAGGGGGAAAUGGCGGCAGAGCCUGGAGACAUGCCUUUGAUGCUGCGUUCCAUGAUACCACGGGUAACCAACGCUCUGUGAUAGUACCAUAGUACGGUUCCAGUAAAAUUACAGUGUUUGUAUGGGGUAAAAAUACCAUCCUAAAAUUUCUAGGAAAUACUAAACAAAGAUCGAUGAAACUUACUCUGCAGUUAGUUGUUGUUGUCCUUAUUGCUCCAACGAAGUUUCGUGAUAAUUUGCGGUAAUUUGUUCAAAUUCACUCUAUAUACAAUAAUAAUAUACAAGGUAGGAGACACGAGAUGCCAUCUUCGCCGCCAUGCCCUCACUCAACUGCAACUUUUUCCACGAAAUUCGAACUCCAACAGAAAAUAAAUAUGCCAGGAUCGCAGUAAUAGGAUAGCAGCAGAUAUAGAAACCAAUGAAGCUUUCCCAGAUAGAAAAUGAAUCCCGCAGACUUUAACAAACUGGAAGGAUGUAAUCCAAAAAGGCCGAGAAUAUGCUCGCCGAAGUAGCCGGGCCAGAUCAACGCGCGGCCAAGAAAAUGAGGCCUGGGCACUGUUUACUUGAGAAAAACACGACUCGCCCAAGCAAACUACAUGUUCCAGUGCAAGCGUUAAAAUAAGAAAAAAUGCACGUGCAUCACGCUUUUUUAAAAUAUCAAACAAUCAAAUUAAGUGUGAUGGUGUGAUGGUGUGAUGCACAUUCCAAGCUGAUGUUUAGCUAUAAAAUUGGUGUUUGUUGUUAAUGUUGUCGCUGUCGUCGUGGUCAGUUAAGCUUUUGCGCUUUGAAAAUUGGAAUUUUUCGAGAGUUAAAAAAAUUGCCUGAUGCAAACAUCACCUUUUACAUGUUUCCUUUUUUUUCAUUUUGACGCGUGCACGGGAACAUAUAGUUUGCUUGGGCGAGUCGCAUUUGUCUCAAGUCAACAAUAGCCGUCGAGCAGAUGUAUUUCCAGCAGGGGUGGCUAACUUUGGUAAAGCUAUGUAUCGGUCCCUAGAAAGGUCAACCCAGGACACCCGAGAUGGAUUUUUUUUGUACAGUGCCCAGGCCUCAUUUUCUUGGCCGCGCGUUGAUCUGGCCCGGCUACUUCGGAGAGCAUAUUCUCGGCCUUUUUGGAUUACAUCGUUCGAGUUUUCUGCGGGAUUCAUCUUCUAUCUGGGAAAGCUUCAUUGGCUUCUAUAUCUGCUGCUAUCCUAUUGCUGCGAUCCUGGCAUGUUUAUUUUCUGUUGGAGUUCGAAUUUCGGGGAAAAAGUUGCAGUUGAAUGAGGGCAUGGCGGCGAAGAUGGCAUCUCGUGUCUCCUACCUUGUAUAUUAUUAUUGUAUAUAGAGUGAAUUUGAACAAAUUACUGCAAAUUAUCACGAAACUUCGUUGGAGCAAUAAGGACAACAACAACUAACUGCAGAGUAAGUUUCAUUGAUCUUUAUUUAGUAUUUCCUAGAAAUUUUAGGAUGAUAUUUUUACCCCAUACAAACACUGUAAUUUUACUGGAACCGUACUGUGGUACUAUCACAGAGCAUGGUGACCUGUGCUAAAACUAUGGCCACGUCAUUGUCACUUGAUAUUUAUUCCGAUCUCCCAAAAAAUAAUAUCAUAACAAAGUUUAGUCUAUGUGUAAUACAUGUGUUAUAAUGGUUUCACCAUGAAGAUCAAUUUGUUUAAGUAUAAGAGAUUCAAAGGUGGGACUUGUCGCUGCAAAGUUAUUGUAUCGAGCCACCUUCGGUUAUUGAAUCCGUGCUCAGUGGCCAAGGUCGUUGAGACGCAAUAGAAAAUAAUGAAAAAAAAAAGGUUAUUGAUCAGAAGCUUUCAGAGGACGAGCGACCAAAACAUGCUUUGAAACGUGACAUUGUAUAAAGGUAUAAAAACCAUGUACUUCAGCUUAAUCUGAAUUGAUAUAAUGUGGAUAGAUAUUGUGGAAAAACUACGCUUUUAAUACGGUUUAUAAAGUACCGUUGACCAGGAAUGGUGUGCACGCUGAUGAGCCCCAAUAAGGGCGAAACAGCUGUCCAUGGCUGCUCCUGCCCGAUCGAUAUGGCUGUGCGCAUGCGUGAGGUACUGGCCAGGCCGUGGGUUGGUGUGUGUGUGCCCCUUGCUUUAAAGUACGGUAAAACGGGCAACAAAAACUUGCAACUUGUUUAGCAAUAUUACUGCAAAACGAGUUAAAAAGCGAUGCUGCGCGUUUUACCACCCGCAUUCAACCUGUCUUGCAACAAAUCAGGUUGUUGCAGUUUGCGAAAAGUUGUUGCAGAAAGUAAAGAGUACUUCACUUUUUGCAACAAAAUCUGUACAUGCUGAGCGUUUUAGCGGCCCGAGGUAAACUUGUUUUGCAGGAAGUGACGUAAUUCCUGUGUAUGGCAUGGCUCCCGCAUAAUUUUAUCCAAUCAGAAGUCAGUAUUCACGCAACCCUCAACAACCUUCAUUUGUUGCUAGACAGGUUUGAAUAUGGGUGGUAAAACGUGCAACAUCGCUUUUCAACCAAAACAAGUUGCACGUUUUUGUUGCUCGUUUUACCGUGUCUCUAGGUUCGUCUCACUUUUGUUCGCCUGCGAUUAUUUAUGCUAACAGGGAAAUGGCCAUAAAGAACAUGACUGAAGCUGGAAGUGUAAUAAAUCUGGAUGGAAGUGAAGAUGUUGAAUUUGAUAAAGCGGGCAAUCAUGAAACGGAGCUGAUGUUAGGAGACCAUAAAGACAGAAGAGUCAGUGAUGCUGGAAUUUUACCAACACCUAUGGCUCAGGCAACAUUUUUCUCAAAGUAUUUCUCAUUUUGGUAAGGAUUAUGCAAGUAAAACUUUCAUCCUGUCAGUUGAUAAGUAUUUUAGGGUGUACCUGGAGUAUCGGAAAUAACAAACAAAAAACAGGCGUUACGGUGCCUAUGGGAAUUUUGACAAAGUGGAUGAAUAAAAAAAAUAUAUACCUGGAGUUCUGAAAACCGGGUUGGCAAAAAAAAUCAACUCAUCAUUCUACUACUUGGCAAUUUAAAACAAUAAAAAAUCAUUCAAAGGCCGAUUAGUAGUAAAAGCCCUUAACUGACGCCGAGCAGUAAGUUAGUGGUCCCUACAGGCAUUUCAGCGAGUCCAAACUUAAAAUGACGCAAAUUUUAGAACAUUUAUACAGUAGUGUGACUCCGUGAGAUUUCAAACCGGUAUCAUUUCAGUCUAGAAAUUUUUAAGUUGAGUGAAAUGCAGCCAAAAUGUACAAGGUUAAAGUUUACGUAACAACUUAAAAAGUUAGCAAAAUGCUGCUUUUUUCGCGGUCCGAUAAACGACAGGAUUUUGCAUGGAAAAGACAACAAACUGAUUGAAACACAGUACACGAAUUAUCACCUUCUUAUCUGCAAAAACCGGCCUAUGGUUCAACGCCAAGAGCCUGCUGAAACUAUAGACCUAGAUCUAAUUUUCCUGAGUCGAGAAUUGGUUUUCCAAGGCACAAUCAGCAAAGCUAAACACCGACGAAGCGUUUUUAUGGCUGGCACAGAAUAUUUUGGUGCAACAGCUCAACCACGCCACCACAUACCUGAGUUCUGCCUGUCAACACCAUGCGAAAAUCACACAAUCACACACUUUCCCAGCGCUGAUGAGACUAUCCACAACCGCGCACACUCUCCUCAUGUUUAACACAAGCGGAAUAUCAUCAAAUAACUCGGAAAACUCAGCCUAUUGGCAGAUAAACACCUCUGGACUUUUCUCUUACACUUGUCUUAUUCAAGUUCGCAGAUGUACAGUCACACGGUAGGCAGACCAGCAUAGACCCCGUUUUCACACCAGAAAGUCUUGGCCGGGGUCAAAUGUCACCUGCAAGUUUGCUCUCGCCUUAUUCAUUUGACUCCUAACAGGGGCGGAUCCAGGAUUUUUUUUGGGAGGGGGUGCACUCGUCUCUUGCUCUACUUCAACACCAAUAAACCACAUUUUUUUUUUUUCUUUUUGCAGAAUACCAGUCGUAUUAGAAAACCGCAGGUCAUCUCAGGGGGGGGGGGGGUGCGCACCCCCUGCACCCUCCCCCUAGAUCCGCCCCUGCCUAAGAGCCGGUUCCCGAGGCCAAAGACUUAGUAGUGGUCACCUUAGAAAAGCGAACAAUAUCGUAACUUUCUGUCUCAGCCCGGAUCAGGGUGAUUGAUCCGUUUAGUCAAAUAAAACGAGAAUACAAUACGACAUUGGGCGAUGCUGACUCUGCGAAUUACAUAACUUUGUCCUAUCCGGCUCACAGCUUUACAUGAUGCUCUCCGGAAAACGUUUCUUAAGGUGACCAAGAACGAAAUGUUAACUGCUCAACGGCACCGAAAACAGCUUUAGGCGAGUUUAGGCGCGCACUGAUUUCAAAUAACUGUCACUUGUGUUAGACAGAGAAUUGUGGGUAGGACCGGAAAAAAAAAAACAAAACCACAAAACCAAACAAAGAGGGAGAGAGGAGGAGGGGGGGGGUGGGUGGUAGAUAGAAAUUCGCAAAAUUCUGUCUACAGCCACGUCUACACAAUCCCUAAUCACAAAAUAACCAAAAAAAACCGACAUAAGCAAACAACACAGUAAACAAGCUGAAACAGGGAGAAGUUGAGAGAACUUGCAAAAUUUUUGCUAACCCGGUUUUCAUAAAUCCAAGGGGAAAUAUCUCAUUGGGCUUACUUGCAUGUUUUUGAGAACCUUCACCCUGUAGCUGCCAAAAGUAGGUGCUUUUAGUCGCUUGUCAACAGUUCAAAGGAGGGCCCUACCUAUUUUCUUAGCUUUAGUAGAAAAGAGCCACUUAUCAAGUGCUUGCAAAAAUGAAUAUAUGCGCCACACGGUCAGCAAUACAAGCAGAGGCAAUGUGACGCAUAAACGCUACGUCCUGUCUACGUCACGGAUCGAGAGAGGAAGGGAAAAAAUUACAAAAGUCCAGGAUCUGCUAAGAAAAGACCUAGGAAAUUGGAGAAUAGAUUAAAACAUGUACUAUUUUUGGAGUCGAUUUUGUCAUGUUAGGAUUAGUAUCAGGGCUUUGGAUUGUGAUAUCCACGUCAGCGUCUGACUUGCGCGGCUAAAGUAAUCUUCUGUACUGAUAAUUCUCGCUAUCAAAGGUGAUAUUUAUAUGCAUUUGUCUUAUAAGGUGGUUAAAUGAUCUUCUGUCUCUCGGAGCCAAGCGCCCCUUACAAGCUGAGGAUCUGUAUGGACUACUUGACAGGGAAAAAACUGAUGCUCUUACAGAUUCUUUGGAAAGGUAUUAAUAUUCCGGUGCUUCCGUGUAACAAUUGAAAACCCUUCUGAUAAUCGUAGGGAUGUUUUUAAAUAGUUAAACGGAAAUGUUCCGUUAACUGUGUUGUCCGUAGCAUCUUUGGGUACAUUCAAUUAGUCAUAGUGCAGAAUACAUAGAUCGCUAUCUGUCCAUCCAUCGGAGCUUUGAAGCCACUGUACUUAGCAAAUAGUAUGGUACAGUUCUUUAUGAAUGGGUGCCCUUCCAAGCCAUAUGGGCAUAAGUGUAAUUGUGGGCGAUUUCAGAUCAUUUUAAAUUCGGGGAAGCGCUGUUUAUAAGUGGGGUCAGCUCGUUGUGGACCAUGAUGGUUUGAUUGAAUUGUAAGCAGCAAUUUAAUUUAGUGAGUGAAAACCAUGUAUACAGAAUGAUUCAGAAUUCCAUGUAGAUUUGAUUUCAUUGUAACAGAUUUGUCAUAAGUUCUUGUGUGUUUGCUAAAUAUUUCAGAGAAUGGGAGAAGGAAGAGUAUAACGCGCAACAGAACGGCACUCGCCCCAGCUUUUUGCGGACAAUAAUCAGAGCCUUUGGUUUUGGUUAUUCUCUGUUAGGAAUAGUGGCUCUUCUACAUGUAAGUACCAGUAGGUGUAAGAUGUUUAUUUAUUGAUAUCAUAUGUUUUUCCCAGCCCAUGUAGUGACACAAUUACUGUCAGUUGUAAUUUGUUUUAACGUUAUCACUCACUUAAGCUCGUCAAAUUAGAAAACGUCGUUUAAGCAGUGAGAAGAAACAGUCAUCAAUAUUUUACCCCCUUUCUUAGAUUUCUUAAGCAAUGUUUUGACAAUUUUUUUUUUUUUGAAAAAAGUUGUGCCACAGUAGUACCUGCUUAAUAACUAACUAUUAUCAAAUUUUACAGGAUCUCCUAAAACUUGCUCAGCCCAUAUUGUUGGGUCAACUAGUACUCUACUUUGUAGAAGAUUCGCGUAUUUCCACAAGGGAUGCCUACCUUUACGCUUUGGGCCUCAGUUUAUUUGCUUUUGUCUCCAGUAUUGUAAAUGCACCGUACUCCUUUAUGAGGCAAGUUUAUGGAAUGAGAAUAAGAGUUGCAUGCACUGGUCUUGUUUAUAGAAAGGUAAGUUACAUGCCAAGGCGUUUGAAGUAACCGCCAUGUUAUUCAAAAUUUAAAAUGGCCGUGGUGUUAAUUCCAGGUUAGUAGAUGGUCGUUAGGAGGGUAGAUUUGAAGAAAGAUGUUGGUGAAGGAACUCGUUGUUUUAAAUAGACCGUCUGAAAACGGUUCCGCAAGUAAAGCAAGUUUCAUGAAAAUCGUCAGUUUCACCAGUUGCAGUUGUUCUCGAGGUUUCUUUUUGCACAAGGCAACACUAGGAAAUGAAAUUUCUGGUCUUUGCAGUUCUUCUCGCAGAAAAAUAUUACAAGUUUAUAUGGACAGAAUUGCGACUGUAUGUUCUCGCCGUAGUUUGAAGAAUAUUUUUAUGUAGAAUGCAUCAAAUCAGCGUCUGGUUUUAUUUCCUGCAGGCUCUUAAACUGAGUAUAUCUGCCCUACAUGGCACAACAACCGGAAACAUUGUCAAUCUAGUUUCUAGUGAUGCACAGAAGUUUGAUUGGGUGAGUAGCCAUGCCGAUUUUAUAGACUGUCCAGAUCCUUAAUUAGUUUGUUUCUUAGCAAGAUAGAACUGACAUAGAUCAUAGAAAACGGCUAAGUCAAUGACUUGUUGCGUAUGCUCAACCAAGAGCGUAAUUUCCUAAUUCAAUCUUCACCUUUAGGCAUGGGAUUUGACGUUAUUUGUUAUUCUCCGGUAUUUCUAACUUGAUUCUCCCUACUUUAUGUUCUCUCGGUUUUUUUAUAAACUAUCCUGUGGUGAAUGAGUCACCCUUUCGGCGACGAUGGAUGAUAUACUCAGGCUCGUUCAGUGAUUAUUUUACUGUUCAUAAAAAACCUUUCCAAGCACAUAGCACCCUUAACUCUGCUUAGAAUUUCUUCAAAACAUUCACCAGUUCCUGCGCAGGUAGCCCAAGCUCACGAGUGAGCCGUAAGUCAGAGAGAAAAACGGUUAAACUACUAAAACUCGCUGGAAUUUCUCUGGAACGAAUCAAAUUGGCAAGAACACGCAUUAAUAAAAAUAAAGGCUAGGUAAUGAAUUCUGCUGAAUUUUUACUCUUAAAUAGUGAUGGCCAUUUUUUUUUAUAUGUCACGCGAAAACGAUUUUGACUUUUGAGCUUCGUUCAAUAAUUUUCCUAUUAUUUGUUUGUUGACGUCAUUUAUCGACUAACAGGAUGUUUGUUAGAACGCUGAUUUAAUCUUUCAAAUUUGGUCAGCGCUAUGAACAAAAUAGCCGGGCGACUUAAGCCAUUCAGAAAAAGAGAAAUGUCUUAAGCAACUACAAAUCGAAUUGCUUGUUUUCAAGAGAGGAUAAAGGGGACAGAGAAGGCAUCCCCCAUACACACCCUAUUCCAUAGGUAAUUCGUCUCGAGUUAUUUUUAAGACCACAGAUCCCAAGGGGGAUUAGACAACAGCCAAUCACAUAGCGCGAUUGUGUUCCGCGUGGAUGACCCACACUCAGAGCCACGCGUCCUUCACGAAUUGAGGCAGAAAAAAGUGGCGGUAGACGCGGAGAGCAAUAUUGCUAUUCGUUUUGUCGACGAAAACGACUAAAGAGAGAUUUCUGCUAAAGCUGUGUCAGCGAAACGGAAAUUAAAAAAGAAUUGCCCUUCCUCUCUUGUAUAGAGCUAACAGUACAGCAGGGAAAUCCUUAACACAGUGAAUAUUCUCUCAGGAUCAUUUAUAAUUUACAGUUUGAAGAGAGCAAUUUCUGGUUUGAUAUUUAUUCUUUUAUUAGUCUUUUAUUAUUCAACAAAAAUAACACGUGGCGUCCUAUAAUAAUAAUAAUUUAAUAACUUCUAGAGCGCUAUUUACAUUCACUGAUCAACAGCGCUUAACAACUUAAAAAAAAUUACAAUAAAAUUCAAAUUUGUAACUAAUUACAUGCACAUGAAUAUUACUUGCUACUUGCUUUAUUGUACAAACGACCGGUUUCAAUAGACCGGCGAAAUUUCUCAUUUUAUUAAAGCACUGAGGUUACGAUAACUUCGAGUUAGACUGAUUUCACGGGUUGUCAAAGAGUCGAGCAAUUCCCUUUUCCCAGGUGAGCGCCGACCCAUUUCGCUUCAAUAUUCAGAAAUGCUCUCGAUCUCUUUACGCUUUCAUUGCCUUUUGCCCGACAUGUUUUGCAUGGCGUUUAGUCAUGCAAAACCUCCACGAAACAUCCACGCAGCGCGCGAGGUAACUUUAUCCCGAUUCUAAAAACAACUCGAGACGAAUUACCUAUGGAAUAGGGUGUGUAUGGGGGAUGCCUUCUUUGUCUCCUUUAUCCUCUCUUGCUUUUUUUCUAUUGAUACGAUUUCAUUGCUCGACGCUGUUUCUUUUCACACUGUAUAGUUCGCUUAAACGUUAGAUCUUAGAAAGAAAAUGUUUAUCACUGUAGAAAUACGUUCUUAUACACCACACUUUCAAAUCACAUAAAAUCCUCAAAACCAUAGCGAUAAUUCACCAAUUAAUUUCUUCCUCGCCCUUAUAUAAAUGGUAAGAUUAGUCAGUUAUUAUAGCUCAGAGCUGUUUUGCAAACCGAACUUCGCGAAAUAGAAUUGUUUUCAAGAAGGAGGAAUAACAUAACUAGGUUUUGUAAUUUAGUCCGGUCAAAGUGAUACGCCCCCAUGGUUUUAAUGUACUUAAUUAUUUUACAUAUCAUAUGUACCCGGUAAUGUAUUACAAAUUUGAACUGAAACGGAAAACUGAAAAAAAAGAAUGAUACUCAUGAGAAUCUUGAGGACCUGCAUUGGCUUGGCUUGACCUGGUGGACAUUAAACUAUUUUGAUAUGGCGACCUGAUUGGCGGUGUUUUGACAUUGUUAUAUUACCUAUAUUACAUUACCGAAAAUACAAAGGUGGAAUCCCUUAGAUAUGCCUUUUAAAAAACAACAUAUUUGUUUACCUUGUCACAAAGCAAGGAAAAGAACAGUGGUUUUUUUUGUUUAUUGUUUUUAGAGUACACCUUUCCUGCACUAUUUAGUGGUUGGCCCAAUCGUAUCUGCUAUCGUUUUAGCGUUGCUAUGGAUACAAAUUGGUCCACCAGCCCUAGCUGGCAUGGGAUUGAUUGUUCUUUUGGCUCCAUUGCAACUUAAAAUGGGAAACAUGCUAUUCGUAUUUAGGUAAGUCAUCACAUGAUCUAGUCACCAUAAUCAUUGUGUUUUAAGUGAUAAAGGGCCUUUUUUUACACACUUCUUUACUGUUAUAUCCCGCAGUUAUUAACUGAUUUACUAUAAUUAAGUGAUAAGAGAAUAUCUAACGUUUAUAAAACAAAGUCAUGUGAUUUGUUUGAAAUAUUUUCCUAGACUGCACGUAGGUAAAAUAACAACUUAAAAUGAUGCUCGGAGUCUAUUUUCUUUUAAGUUAAUACUGAGAUUUCUCAGUGCUAUGGAUUUGGGCGAGGCAAAGGGUUUGCAUCAUCGGGGUGAAGGAAUCAAAAGCUCGGGGUAAAAGAUAGUUUUGUAUAAAGACAAGGAAGCAAGAACACAAUGUAAUGGGUUUUUCCUGGAUUCUACUCUGAUGACACUGUUAUUGUUUGUCAUAGUGCCAACCACUCCUCCAUAUUUGAACUUUUGCCGUACGAUUUACAUAUUCAUAUUACUUACUCUAGAAAAUAUCCAUUGUCCUUAUUUAUUUUUGUUAUUGUAACGUACAAAUUGCAGUUUUGUAUAUAGUAUAUUUUAUUUCAAUAUUUUUGCUUUUUGUACAUAUUUGUGUAUAUUUUCCUCUUACUUAUUUUUUUAGAGGACCGUCUCCCUCUUUAAAUAAAGUUAUUGUAUUGUAUUGUGUUGUAUUAUGUUGUAUUGUGUGACUGUGAGACUCCCUCUCUGUCCUAUGAUUUCCUGGUGUUAAAAACCUCGGCUGCGCCUCAACCCGGCGGAAGCGCUUUGUGUGCUAUGAUUAGUGUAACUAUUCUUCACACUUUUCACAUUGCUCAUAGAACAAAGGCAAUACGUUGGAUGGAUGAACGAGUCAAAGUCAUGAAUGAAAUAAUUGCUGGUAUGCGAGUUAUCAAGAUGUACACCUGGGAAGACUCAUUUUCAAAGUGGAUAAGACAGAUAAGAAGGUUAGAUAAAUAAGCUAUUGGGUGUUCCCUGACAGUUUUUAAUGCCUAAUAGAUUUGAGCAUAGUUAAUUGAGUGGAAUGGUUAUGAAACCCGUCAGACUCCUUUGUUAUAUGUUUUUGUGGACCUGAAAGUGCACAACGUUCAAAAGAAUUUCUAUCAUUUUGAUUGUAUUGACCAAUAAAAACGUUGCAUUAAUUUAUUCCGUAACAAUUUGCCAACAGAAAACAAAGGAUUGUGCACUUUCACGGUACUUCCAACAUAAACUGCAGCACUGUUGUUCUUAUCGUUGAUGUUUGCCGCUUUUCAUAACCAGUUUCCUCUCAUAACUAUGAUUUGGGUGACCGAUUUCGAACUAAUUCAAGUUUCUAAAAAUCACACUCGUUUCAGGUACAUGUAGAAUCCAAAACAUGGUGAGACAACAAAUGAGCCAAAUUGCAAUUAAGAUAUUUCCUUUUUUUUAAGAAAUUCAGUAACUAAAUGGCUUUGUCUUGCUUAUGAGCGUUGUACUAAUCUUUAAGGAUACAGUCUUCAGUUAAUUAGAAUUCGCCUUGAUUUCAUUAGCCUGCGUGGCAGGCGCAAAAAGGGGAGGAGGAGGGGGGAGGAAGAAAGGGAAAAGGGAAGGGAGCGCCGUGUCGCUACACUCGCCAUUGCAGAAAAACAUUACACUCACGGACUAAAAAGAAAUUCGCUUAGUUAUUCAGAUCUAGAAGGCACUUUGGAGAAAAUUGGAACCCUUAUUCAGCCGUAAUAAAAAAAGAAAAAGAGGUCAAAGAAAUUGCGCUUGCAUCAGAGGGCAAAUCCUGCCGACCAGAAAACAAUAACUACAGUCAAUCGAUAGGCGCACCAGUUAACCAAAAUAACAUUUGCUCAGUAGAAUUUAUUGGAAUAAGCUUUGGCGUUAACUCAUCGUCGUGGAACACAUUAACGCCGAUGACGUUUCAGUGGCGAAAUGACGAGAAUUUUUUCUUUAUCUCAAACCUUUGAAUAAAAACCUCGCCACUGUUCUAAAGAGCUAUUAUCUCUCAAAGACCAACAUCCACGUUGGUUUGUUGAUUUGUAAACGCGCAUUUCAAUAUGGCAUGAACAACUGGAAAAGCCAACAACGGCCGUACAGUAGCCGAAUCUCAUUAACUUGUACAAAUGAGGAAGGUAAAACCUCGAAACAAUAAAAACGGCCGUACAGUAGCCGUACAAAUGAGGAAGGUAGAAACAAUAAAAAUGAGGAGGAGGGAAAGCAGUAGAAAUGUGGUGGUGCUGGGGGCCUGGUGCUGGUGGUGGAGGGAAAGUGAAAAAUGUUAGGAGGAGAGAAAUAAAAGCUGAAUUGUGGAGGAGUACUUCGUUUACUGCUUGAAAGUGCCAGUUUGCCUUCGAACCUAGAAAUAUGUUUGCACGCCAAGAAUCACUGAACCGGGUCUGGCACAAUUUGUUGUCUACAAUUGCAAAUGAAAGAAGCAAGAAAUAGAACUUUCAUAAUUACGUCACGGCUAAGUGAAUUUAAGUCACGUGCGAUUUGCUUCUUAUUCCUUUGACAACAUGAAUGAACCAGUGAACACUUUUCUUAGUUUUUAGUCAACCAAUAAAAACCUAAGCAUUGAUUGAGCCAAAAAUACCCUUCGAACUGGUUGAACCACCUAACAAUAGCACGUGGUCUUAACUUAAUAAGAUUCCACCGCAUUUUAUUCAUGUGAUAAAGGCAAAUGGCUAUGAUGUCAUUGUCGUUUAUGUGUUCCACCGCAAGUUAAUGAGAUUCCAAAAAGGGUCUGACUAGUGCGCCCUACUUACUAGAAUAUGCAAUUGCAGGCACUAUUAUUAACAUUAAGUACAAUGUAACGUAUCCUUGUUUUUUCUUCCUGCCAACAGAGAUGAACUGAAGUGGUUUUUGAAGUUGAACUUUAUUCAAGGGGCGUUUAUGUCCUUGUUCUUCAGUGCGUCCGCAGUUAUUAGUUUUGUUACCUUCAUGACGUAUGUACUGACUGGUCAGAUUUUAACGGCGCAAAAAGUGUUCACUUGCAUCUCGCUUUUCAAUAUGAUUCGUGUUGUCAUGGCGUUGCAUUUUCCAAUUGCUCUGUCCCUUCUGAAUGAAUGCAGGGUGUCAAUACAGAGAAUGGAGGUUAGUGCGGAGGUGUUCUAAAUGCUAAUAUCAAAACACUUGAAUGUUCCGCUACUUCAAAUUAUGUAUGAUUCUUCUUUUCUAUUAAUUUACUUUUUAAACAUCGAAACGCCGUCGUUUUUAACUAUGUUUUUAAAUUCCUCAAAUCAUUUUAAGGCAUAUUUUACCGCAGCUUUUUAUAGUUAAAUGAUAAGAUACCUACCCUGAAUAUUAACAGAUGUAAAAACGUUGCUAUUCUUCAGGACGUCCUGGUAUUACGUGAUAUGCACUCGGAGGGUCGGAUUACAUCAAAACUGCGACCAAAACCUGAAAAAUGUUAUGUGGAUGUAAAGAACGUGACAGCCUUCUGGAACCAUGUACGUUAUGAAGAUAAGACAUUUUAGUAAAAUCCAACUAGUGGUCUAUUAUCAAUCCUGCGUUCUGAUUGGUUGAGCUACUACUAGGCUAUAUGUUAUAGCCCACUAGUAGCGAAAAGCGCGGGCUUUAAAAACCAAAACAAUAGCGGCUGAAUCGCGCUUUGCUUGCUAAAGUUGUUUUGUCGCGAUAUUUUGGACCAGCUAGUUGGAUUUUAUUAAAACAAUUAUUCCUCUCGCCCUUAUGGCCUCUUGAGUCAAUAGCCCAUUCGGCCUUCGGCCUAAUGGGCUAUUGACUCAGAGCCCAUUCGGGCUCGAGGAAUAAUUGUUAAAUAUAUGUUGGUGCAGCGUACCCUGUUGAUUAGCUGUGCGUGUUUCUGCACAGUUAUUAUAUUUAUGCGUCAGAAACACUUUCCUACAAUGAUCCUGAAACAGAUGUCUCUUUUUUUCUGUGAAACGUUAUACUGCCACACUUGUCAACGAAUCACCCUCGACCUCCACCCUCGUCAUGGAAACCGUAUCAAAGAGUAUUAAUUCCAAUGGCCGUUCUUAUACUAGAGGACGCAUUAUCCGUCCAGGCGGAUAAUGCGUCUAUGACCGUUUUUAUACUAAGGACGCAUUAUCCGUCUGGACGAACUUGGGCAAACAUUUGUAGCUCGUCUGGUUAUGCGUCUCAAGUAUAAAGACGGGUACAAGACGCAUUAUGCGUCUGGGCGAAGUUUCCCUCGGACUACGUCUUGAACGACGCACUACGAAAGGUAGUUCGUCUGGACGCAUAAUGCGUCUCGUACUCGUCUUUAUACUAGAGACGCAUAACCCUGACGAACUACCAAAUCAUUGCCCAACUUCGUCGAGACGGAUGAUGCGUCCUCAGUAUAAAAACGGCCUUUCUCAUAUUUUUCUUCAGUUUACCAUUGCCCUGCAUGUUUCAGUUGGAUAAACUGAUUUAUAACUGUCAAUGAUGUUUUUUCAGUCAGUCAUACCAAAAUUCUCCCGAUAGAAGUCGAACCUCACCUUCUGGAUACUAGUCCCACAGGUGGCCCAAGCUCGAAAUAUGAGCAUUGGCGAACAUCGGCGUUGUUGCGUAGCAUUGAUUUGGAAAUAUAAGGAUUUGUAUGGGAAAAAAACCUACUGUUUCCGUAACCUACGAAAAUGAAAGGAUUUCAAUAAAAAACAGCUUACCUUACAUUAAAUGUGUGUUACGUCUCUCCUGGGUUGUUCAUGCGCCAUUUUAUGGGCUGUACAGUAAACGGUCUUCUCUCUAUAUAAAGGUUUACCAAGGCUGGGGACUCCAGCGAAGCGGCCCGACGGAUCCACCGAAGGUAAACGGCCGUAAAUUCGCUCCAACGGCUUCAGUCGCCUCCAAAUUUCGCCUAGGUAACAGGCGAUAGUUCUCCUUUUCAUUGGUUAUCUUGCUUCAAGACGCCUUUGUACCGAGAGCGAAUCAAAGGUCGCAAAUCUCUGCAACCUUUCAUUCGCUCUCGGUGCAAAGGCAUCUUGAAGCAAGAUCACGAAUGGAAAGCAGAACUAUCGCGUGUUACCUAGUCGGAAUUUGGAGGCGACUGGAGCCAUUGGAGCGAAUUUAGGGCCGUUUUCCUUUGGUGGAUCCGUCGGGCCGCUUCGAUGGAGUCCCCAACCUUGGUAAACCUUUAUAUAGAGAGAACUCCGUUUACAGUACAACCCAUUAAACGGCCACAAAUCGGCCCAUGGACCACACAGGAGAAACGAAACACAUAUUUAUGUAAGAUAAGCUGUUUUUUAUUGAAAUCCUUUCAUUUUCGUAGGUUAUGGAAACGAUAGGUUUUUUUUCCAUACAAAUCAGGGGCACCCAACUACAAUUUUUGGAAAAUAUCUGUUCGGAAGACGAUUUGAGAUCUAGAAUUUUCGGAACAUUUCUUGUUAAAUUUCUUGCUUGCAUGCCUCUCCUAGGAUUUUCGAACCUCCCAAACAUGGUAUAAAUUGCCCAUUUUUAACGGAUUUUUAGCGUAAAAAGGUCACCUAGAAUUUUCGGGAGCCUUUUUUCUGGCUGAAAUUUUCGAAAAGGUAAGUUUUGAUCCCUAUAAUUUUCGGAUCACUAGACUUUCAGCUAGGAAAUCCGAACAGAUGAAAGAUUUUUAGGGGAUGAAAAUAUGCCUAUAUCUACUGUUUAAAUACUAGUCUAAUACUAAAAUACGUUCAACAAUGCUAUGUUUAAGUGGUUUUGAACUAUAUUCUCGUUGGGUGCCCCUGACAAAUCCUUAUAUUUCGAAUGUUAUGCAACAAUGUCGAUGUUCGUCGAUGCUUAUAUUUCGAGCUUGGGCUACCUGUGGUAGUCCAAAUGCUCUGCCACCAAUCUCAGGCCAUUUAAACUGAACUGAAACUAGGUUGCGGUUCUUUUAACAACAUACUCUUGGGACUCUAGUUGAUUUCGAUAUUUGGCACUUUUUAAAUGACGUUAAAGUGAUGUUGAAUAACCCUUACUAGUACUGUUCCAUAAAAUCGUUUAUUCCACUAUUUAGAAACUUGUUGUUUUUACUUUGAUAAUGCCUUUAUGUUUCAGAACUUAUCUCCAACCUUAGAAAAUCUAACUUUCAGAGUACCUCAAGUAAGUUGCUUCUAGGUAAUAUAAUGUAAUCCAUUCGUUUCCUUGUGUUCAAAUCAGUGUGCCUUCCAGAUAAAGAUUUUUUUCUUUACGGAUCAUUUCAAAAACAGGUAGUUUUUAACUCGUGGAUACGCGAAGUAUAGGAGCGAGUUUUUGUGGGCACUUUGAUUAGCAAAUGUGUUACUCAGUUACUUAAUCGUGAACCGUCCUCUCAAUUAGGCAGGACCGAACUGGAAAGAUCCCGCUGCUGAUCCGAAACGACACUGUGCUUCACUCAGGCAACCUCGCGAUUCCUCAUGAGAGAACCCGGCAGAGGGCAGUCACGUUUAUUUGUAUAGCGACUUCUGAUCUCCGACUGGCAUCUAUUUAUUUGCCAAGGUUUAAAAACCAAAUGUCAUAACGAAAUUGCCAUAAGGUGAAAGUUGUAUCAGAAGUGAGAGUUUCGUGAGUGGUUGCAUUUUCUCACCUUGCUAACAGCGUGAUUUCCGAUAUUUCAAACUACAGUUUAAAAAUAUUCAUUACUUCUUAUACAACUCAAACAACGCCCAAAAAUAGUACAUAUGGUCUCGCAUGUUUUCGCUUUUUGUCUGAAAGUGUCGACAAGCGUUAAAGUUAACUUUAGGACAGCCGGAAUUUUUCUUGGGUAUCUCGUUGCAACUUCGAAUAAACACUUUCAAGCAAUUAUUCACAUGAUACAAAACUGCCAUAGUGGAAAGCAAAAGACGCGCUGGGAAAAGACAAACAAAGGAAAUUACCAUUCAGUUAGCCUGGGACCAGGCUCCGCAUCGGGGGGGAAGAGGAGAAAAAAAUUGGCGUGGGCGAAAACAAAAAUAGGCGAGCAAAGCGAGCCGAGAGGUAGUCUGUUGAGGGGGAAAGGGUGGCGGAGGCUCCGCCACCCUUUCCCCCUCCCCAGGCAACCGCUCGGCUCGCUUCGUUCGCCGAUAUUUUUCCUAUUUAACCCCGUUUUUUGCCUCCCCCCCCCCCUGCGGAUCCUGGUCCCACGCUACCAUUCAGUCAAAGGAUGUAUGCCUUUGCUUUCCAACAUAUCGGUUUUGUGCCACGUGAAUGUGCAAAGGGCCUAUUUUCUUUUCUCAUCUGACUAUAAGGACGCAUCCACGAGCUACCCACAGUUACUUUAUUCUCCUCCUUACAAUCUCCUAUUUUACUUUCUUUACCCGUUUUUUCGCCAUGUGCCUUUUGUUAGUAACUUAAACCGCUAUGGCUCUGGGCAUUUUGUAGCUUAAAAGCAAGGCAGAACUGUAUUAAUACAAGCUAAUAUUUCUCCCGGCGAUUAGGGUGAACUGCUCGGUGUUAUUGGCACUGUUGGAUCUGGAAAGGUAAAAUAUUUCAUUUUUUUGUAUUUUGUACUAUACUUUCUCAAAACGUGUUGAUUUAUUAUUUUUCUGGCUCCCACAGUCUUCCCUCUUAAUGGCAAUUUUGGGUGAGCUUCCAUUGUCCGGGGGAACUAUAACCGUAAAGGGAAAGAUCGGUUAUGCCUCGCAGCAAGCUUGGAUUUACAAUGGCUCUCUCCGCCAAAAUAUCCUGUUUGGACAAGAAUAUGACGAAGACAGAUUCACUGCAGUUAUUCAAGCUUGUGCUUUAGAAAAGGUAGAAUUUACCUGUCAAGGCUAGAUUCUGCAUGACAUCUUUACUCUGACAUUUGUGCCAACACUAAUUAUACAUUAAGAGGCUUACUUUAAGGCAGAGACUUUUCCAAUCUGUUCCGCGGUAUAGCAUGUAAGCAAUCUUCUGUCGAAAAACAAUUAUGAUUUCUUGCAAUGAAAGGUUUUUGAAAGAUGUUGAAUGUCCACAAAUCGUCAGAAAGCCACCCUCAAGAAAUUCUCCAAUAAAUAGUCAUUUAAGAGUGUCAAGUCUUAAGAAACUCCAGAGACAAACAACUUUUGGAUUGUUCAAAACAAUGCACAAAUACUGGCUUAUGUUUUAAUCUAUCUGCAGCUCUUCCCCCUAACAAACUGUAACCUUAAUUAGAAACAAUUUUCGCAGCUGAAUAAAAAGGAAAGAGUUUCCUUGUUUAUUUUCAAGUUUUGUCAGUUGUGGUAUUUUUGUUUUAGGACAUUGAGUUGCUACCAGAUGGUGAUAUGACUUUGGUGGGUGAGCGAGGUGUGUCCUUAAGUGGAGGACAAAGAGCAAGGGUCAACUUGGCAAGGUACUAACUUUAUUUUGCUGCCGGCUAAUUGCAGCAGAUAAGAUAUCAUGAUUUGUGGCUCAAAUGAUUCAAACAUUUCGCUGACUAUCACGAGUCUUAUGAGUAAUCCGACAUUUGAACGGGCAAAGUCUGUUUUCAUGUUUGUGUCUGUGUCAUCUUUUUCUUUUAUCACUUGGAUUUCUAUCUUGUUGGCUUGCCUAAUUCAUGUGGAUAGGUUAAAUCUAGUGUUUGCAGUUAGUUAUUAGGGACCUUUAGCAUUAACUGUAAACGGCAAACCUGAGGCAAACCACGUUUUGCGGUGGCGUUUGCAGUUAGCUGUUUACGUUUGAACGGCACAAAGGGCUUCCAGCAGUAAGGAUUUUGACAGUAACGUAACUUAAGCGGAUAUACGUGAAAAUGAGUCAUAUUUUGAACUGCGGAUAAAGAUAUCAAAGUGGAAAUGAUCGCGGGGUUGAAUAAACAACCUAAGCGGUUGAAAAAAAACCUGUAAAAAAAUCAGGCUUGAUUAGCUUACUGGAUAGAGAAUUAGCCAGCGUUGCGUCCGGUCAUCGCAAGAUUCAGAGUUAGAUUCCUGGUCAAGCCUGAAUUUUUUCAGGUUCUUUUUCAACCUUUUAGGUUGUUUAUUCAACUGCGAGGAUAAUUUCCACUUUGACAGUAAUGUAACUGUUAUGCCUCAUUUAAACGAGCAAGUUUUCCUUGUGCACCGUCAGGGAGUUUCCAACAUAAACUGCACCAGCGUUGUUUUGAUCUUUGAUGUCUGCCACCUUUUAUAACCAGUCUCCCCCACUAACCAUGCGAAAGGUGAUGGUUUAAUAAUUUGGGCAUAAUCACUAACGCGCUUCAAUGUUUCGUGUUCUGUACAUAAGAUAAGAACAUGACUGCGAAUAUCACAAAUGCAUGACUCUUGAUGAGUGCAUUUAGCUUGAUGCCACUUCAUCCAUGGUUUCUCGCCUGCAUUUUCUUACUUUCUAGUGAAUAGUAAAUCUUCUUCCGGAGCCAUUUUCACUAUGAUGGGGCUACUUAGUUCCCCUGAGUGGAAUCUAAUCUGGCAAACCUUAUAAUUAUUAUCCUAGAUCAUUUUCUUAGUAAGAAAAUCGAAUAUUUUCGUCUGUGUUCAAAAGAACUUUGGGAUAUUGUAUGAAUUCCUCUUUUGAUACUUUGGUUUGCCAACGUAUUUCAGCUGUACAUGUAAGAGCUGACUACCGAAAAAACGCGAAUUAAAUUACCGACUACCGACAAUAUGAACAAACAUUAUCUAUAUUUUUUUUUUGAUAGAAGAGCAUAUUGUAUUUUCUUCUACGUUUCUGGGAAGCAACCAAAGAUACCACCGACUUUAUGAAUUUUAUUGAAAGGAAAAAGGUGAAAAACCCAACAUUUCUUGUUUCGAUGGACGUCACAAGUCUUUUCAUACAAAUAUAUAUCACCAAACGAGGGUGUUGAAGUAGUUUGCAGAGCGCGGUAUGAAAAUUUCUACAAUUCAGCCCACCUAUUCCAACACAUUACCUGCGAGAAAUGCUUAGAUUAAUCCUCAAAGAAAAUUGUUUCCAGUUAAUGGGAAGCUCCACCCACAAACUCACGGUACCGCGAUGGGCACAAGGACAGCGGCUUUGCUUUGCCAACAUUUUCAUGGCACAUAUUGAAACACAAAGUCUAAGAAAAAUUGUCUUUAGACCAACUGUUUGGAAACGCUACAUGGAUGACAUUUUUUUGCUGUGGGACAGUAAACCAGACAUCGUAGCUUUCUUCGAACAAGCAAACUUACAUUACCCUACCAUUAAAUUCACCACCGAAAUUCACUGAGACAAUGUUUUUAGACGCAGUUGUCUACAAAGGCACAAGAUUCAACGAAAAAGCUAUGCUUGAUGUAAAGACACAUUUUAAACAAACAAAGAAGAAGCCUUAAGCCUUAAACAACGUUUGAGGAAAGUAUUUCAAAUUUCCAAAAAAAAAGCCUUGAUGGACAGAGGCUACCAACACAGUUUGACAGAAAAAUUGCUAUCAGAAAUAAAUAAAACUCAUAGAAACUGGAAAUCUUCGCUGCUGAAACAAAACACUACUUUGCCAAUUUUUAAAGAACCGCCUAUUACUUCCUACAAGAAAGGAAAAUCAUUGCAAAGAGCUACCUACCCCACGAGUAGAGGUUUCUCUCUUGCAUGGCUUUUAACGUUUACGAAGUCAUUCGGCUUGUCUGUCAAGCCACUCGAACGACUUCGUAAACGCUAAAAAGCCUCUGUUUAUUACGUUUUAUACUGCCUGUACCAACAGAGAAACCAAGUUCGCAUUUGCAAUGAAAAGCUUUGGUGAUUUUAUCGGUACUGUAUAAUAUGAAGUUUAAGGUCAAUCAAAUGAUGCAUUUUACAAUUUUUACACGUUUUAUAGAAUUCAAAGUUCUGAAGUGAGUGAAGUACAUAGCAAUUGUUAAUAAUCAACAUGCAUUUCUACUUAUUAACUGAGAUUUACCGACAAAUAUUGAAAUUUUAACUGACUAUCGACAAAAUAACUGUAUUUUAACCGAGACCCGACAAGAGAUCCCCCCCCUCCCCCAUUCAGACCCUCAUGUAAAUCCAUGUUCUCUCUAGUAGAAGACUGGAAAUGUUAUGUUGGCUGGCAUGCUUGUUUCAGGGCAGUGUAUUCCGAUGCUGACAUUUAUUUGAUGGACGAUCCUUUGAGUGCUGUAGAUGCAAAUGUUGGACGGCACCUGUUUGAGAAGUAAGAACGUUCUGCCUGAAUAUUUAAAAAAUAUAGCAAAUAAUUUCAAAUCUAGUCAGUAAUACCGUCGCUUUUAAGGUUAUGAAAGGCCUUAGGUACAGUAACCUUUGCUCUUAACUGAUAAUUAUUGCAGUUAUUUAGAUGGCUUUUAAGAGGGAAAUUUGCAUUUUUGAGACUCGUUAAACAUUGUGAAGAGAUCAAUCUCUUUAAGCCAAAGUUGUGUUUUACCUGCAAGGAAAGAAUGUAUUUUAUUUUAAAAGGUGCAUCUGUGGGUAUUUGGCAAGCAAACCACGCAUCUUAGUUACCCAUCAGUUGCAGCAUAUUGGUAAAGCAGAUGAAAUACUUGUACUUGAUCAGGUAAGCAGACUUCUUUACUGCUGAAACAGAUGAGCUGUAGCAUUACAUAGUCACUUAAUGCGCAGUUUUGAAGAUGCACGACUGUGGCUGACGGUAAUGUAAGGUCAGUAAUCAAUGAAUUUCAAGUGAACAAAGACAUUCAUCGACCUAAAUAUGACAAGAAAAUCUUUCAAACCAGUUAAAUCACGAUAAAAUAGCACAUUACCUUAUUUUAAUGAGAUUCGUCUGCAUUUUAUUCAUAAGUUAAAGAAUGAAGGCUAUUUUGUCAUUGGCGUUAAAGUAUUCCGCUUCAAACGAAUUAGAUUCUACUGCAAGAAUGAGGCUUGACCGGUGCGUCCUAUACUACCAGCAUCUUUACGAGAUGUUUUAAAGAUUGUUGUAACGCACUAUCAAUUCACAUCAGUCACUGUGCUAACGGAAAAAGGAAGAUUUCAAGCAAAUUCUUACAGGACACUAAUUUUCUUACUUUUUUGUUUACUGAACUGCAUGUAAUUUAUACUUGCAGUAGCCUUGACAUUGUUUUCACACUACCACUAGCUUUUUUGGUGUGAUUGGAGGGGUUAGCACCUCAGCCCCAAAAAACUGAAUUAUCAGUUUUCCAGCGUUUUGUGAGAGCUACUGAUUGCGUUCCUUGACUUUCUUUGCAGUUUUAAGGGGUAAAUGCUGCGGUCUUCAUCGUUAUGUGCAGGCGCCUUCUUUUGUCGUUAGCUGGAUUGAAUUUAAUAGGAGACUGACGGACGGGGAAUUAACGUCCUUGUUAGGGUUAAGGUUAGGGUUAUCUAUGCACAUGAGUGCAUUCACUGGUUAACUUACCAUUAAACAAAUAAAGUGUUGUCCAGACGAAAUACCCCUGCAUUAGCUGAAAGAAAUAUCAGCACUAUUAAUAACUUAUUUUUUCGUGACAUUAUUUCUGGGUAUCUUUUUUAAGGGAAAGGUCAUAAGCAAAGGGAGUUACAAGGAGUUAUCAGUCUGCAAAGGAAGCACCAACAUAAUGGCCUGUUUAGUAGAUCCGGAAACAGAAGCAGCACGUCAACAGGAGGCAAAGGAUGCUGAGAGACUUAAGGUUGCUAGGCAACUGAGUAGACGAGAUAGUUAUCAAUGCCACCGUCUGAGUAAAGUAGCCGACAGCACUUAUUCCAUCAUAUCUGCCACCACAACAAUGUCUGUCUAUGUAAGUUUACAUUAUUCCCUUUUACAUUUUUGUGCUUAUCAAGCACUUCUUUGAUACGCGCCCCUCUGGAAGUAAAAAUAAAGAGCACAAGAAACAAACAAACGAAAACAACAACGAAGUUGAAGUUGCGGCAAAUAAAUAGUAAGUGAACUAUUAAUUUUCAAGGUGCCCUAUACUUGGUUGUUUUGUUUGGCGUGAUAACUUGUCACAAUGCCUGGAGUUAUCGUCCUGGUCUUGUUGUGGAUGCUGGUAUUCUGUUAGCGAUAAGAAGGGGUCAUUUGGCGUUUUACGUAGUUUUGUCGAGCUUGCAGAUUGGGCCACUGUAAGUAUUUUGUCAGGCCGAACAGAACAGUGCAAGUCAGCCUUAUUAUCAUCCAGCCCGCAGCUAUUCCAGGCGACCGCACAGUAUUCAAACAAAGGCUACACCAUCGUGAACGUUUUGGUAGGACUUUUUAAGCGAGGUUCAGUGAGGUUACGACAUAUAUUUUUAAUAGAGCUGAUACGCAUUUCCCAAGAUAACUUUGGGUCCAUUAGGACACCAAGAUAUUCAAACUCUCCGCCUCUAGCUCGCGUUCGAUCUAAAACUUAGUCCUACUACAGUGCAACCCCGAUACAACGAUCCUCGAUAUAACGAUAUCCCCGGUAUAACGAUAAAUAUGCUAUGUCCCAGCAAAAGUUACAGUAAAAUGUAUGGGACAGAACCCCGAUAUAACGAUCUUCGAUAUAACGAUAUUCCCGAUAUAACGAUGAGUUUUUAGCGCACAGAGCGUAAAAUUUUCCCCGAUAUAACGAUAUUUAUAUUACAGUAUACACAGAUAGAAUUUAAACAAAACAUUGAAUUUAAUACAAUAACAUUACAGUAAUCGAGUACAGUAAUCUGCAACGUUUAUGUCAACAGCUUUCAGUUUACGCAACUUCAAAUGUUUAAGUUUUGUUUUGUUUCCCUUUUACGAUUCAUACCACAGACUUUGUUGUUUGACCUUGAUAACGUCUAAUGCGUUGCAAAUUGUUUAAGGACAUCGCUGCGUGCUUGAAACGCUACAUUUGUGAGUCAUUUGAUACUCAUUACUGUACAAGUUUAAUUAAACAAUAUGUAGUAAAAAAGGUACAUAUUAAUUUUACCCCGAUAUAACGGUAUUUUCGGUUAUUUUACGGCAAUAUCGUUAUAUCGGGAGUCUCGAUAUAACGAUCUAAUUCCACUGCUCCCUUGGCAUAUCGUUAUAUCGGGAUUCCACUGUACUUUCCUUAUCCUGUCCUGAAGAAAGCUUGAAUAAGGAAUCAUUGUAUGUUAUUGCCUACAUAGGAAGACAAUCUUCUGCCAGCAGAGCAGAAACAAGAAGGAGCUGUCAGCGCUAAAACCUACCUGGCAUAUUUCCGCUCUUUUCCUAAUCUUGGAACGGCUCUUAUCAUCAUCUUCUUAUUUGCAUUUUGUCAGGUAGGCACAAAAAGCCGUCCUCCAUGCCAGUUCCAGUCUAUGCUUAUUGUUUUUGAAAAGCUUAAUAUAACCUAGGUGGAUCCUCGGAGACCCAGGGGAGGCUACUCAGGGCAGGAUAUUCACGGGGAAAAUCAUUGCAAAGAUUACACGAAAAAAGAGCCCUGUGCACCUCUUCCGACAUACCGAACCAGUUCCAGAACAUUUGAAUUCUCUGUUUCUUAUAGGCCAGAACAUUUUAAAGUACUUCUGGAUCUGGUUUGGUAAAGCGUACGGGGGCGUUUUCAAUACAUACAGUGGUUUGGCCCGAGCUUGUUUCGUUCGAUUAACUGGGUUUCCGAGGAUGUCCCUAAGAGAUCAUAUAUAGCUUGGUUUCUUCUCUAAACUUGUUAUGACGAAUUUGGCAAGGAGUGAAAGGGAACAACUCUUCACAAGUGUGUUGCCUAUUACUUAUUUUGUCUUAAAAAUAUCUUCUUAAAUUAAUAAAUAGCCUAAUUGCAUUGUUUUCUUUCAUAUUAGAUAGUAGCGAUGAUUGCGGAUUGGUGGCUAUCCUACUGGUAAGAUAUUUAUGUUAGGGACCAAGUUCCUGAAGGUGGGAAUCCACUUUGUAAAGUGCUACUUGUGCUACUGUUGCACAGUACAGUCUACAUGGCUGUACUGAUAUCGAUAGGUUUGAAGAUAACAGAGUCUCAUUUAUAACAUGUCUAUUUUUAGGUCCAAUGCGGAGGAAUCAUACUACAUAGCAACAACUGGGAACUCCACUUCAAGUGUUGUUUCUGAACCCAACAGAGGAGUGUUUCUUGGGAUUUAUGGUAGCAUGGUACUCGGGCUAUUAUUCCUGUGCCUAUUCUGCAUUGAGCUGUUCUAUGCGAUGACUAUAGUUGCUUCAAAAACCCUUCAUAGUAACAUGCUUAGUAGUCUCAUGACGGCUUCCAUGUAUUUUUUCGAUAACAAUUCUAUAGGUGAGUUUGACGACUUCUGUUUUUUUCUGUGAAUGGUGUAUACGAGAUAAAUAAUAAGAAUUACAUGGAUAUAAAAUGAAACGAAAAAUUUAUCCUCGUAGUUAAGAAUGCAGUUGCGAAAAGAAGCUUUAAACAAGUACAGAACUCCGUGACGUCCACUUUACUCUAACCACCUGACCCUGACCUAUUGUAAUGUGUGUCGGGAUAUGCAAAGAUUACUAAUGGUUGAACCAAGGUAUCGUUGAUCAAGAUUGUGCAAUGGAACCAGUGUCCUUGCCCCUGUAAUCCCCUUUAAUCCGUACCUAAAAUGCGAAAUUUUGGACGCUACACCUAUGAAGGCCCUAACCUUGCGUAAUUGUUGGCUUGCGUGUCCCUGUGAAAAAAUGAAUUCAGAUUGCUUAAAUAGCAUAAAUAACGUGAAAUGCGUAUAAUUCAGUGAACAAAUUUCAAGCUGGUUUUUUGGAACUUCAAACUUGAUUUUUAUAAAUCAUUACUAUCAGUAUAAUCUUAAUUAGGAUCAUUUCAUCAUUUUAUGUCUAGCGCUGUUAAAGAGCUUAUCUUGUUUGACCUGCACCCUGUUGACUUCAAAUUUAACGCAACCUCGGCUGUGGAGCAUUUUUUCAGCUGUAUUACAUCCUCUUGUCUUUUAUUACUGUUUGUUUUUUAUAUUUAUUUUUUUUUUGUUUUAGGACGAAUUCUGAACAGAUUUUCUAAGGACAUCGGCAUGAUAGAUGAUAUGAUGCCCAUGAUACUUUGUGAUGUUUUACAGGUAUCUCAGCUCACUUCAAACAUCCGAGAUGUUCAAAAGAGGUUGUGGAUAUUGAGCAACUGAUGUUUUAGUUAGUUAUCUAGAAAUAAUUAACCCACUUUAAAGUAGUCUUGAUAAGAUUUCAAUGCCGUCGUUAGUCAUCGAAAGCGAAAGAGAUGUUGAUAUGGUGUACUCAGACUAGGAUCUGAGCCAAAAUAGACCUCCUUGUAGUAGCCUAGCUGCGAGCAGGCUCAAGUGCCAAAAUUUUCUCCGAACUCGCGCAAGUGAGCCUGCUGGCAUUUGAUUUGAACUCUUCUUUACUUUUCUCGAAAUACGACAAACUGUAUUACAGUAUUUUAACUGGGCUGGUGGGUUAGAGUUAGGACGAUUGGAUGUCUCAUCUUGAGGUCGUGAGUGGGCUCCAAACCCUUUCUUUAAUCGGUAGCAAAAUAGAAACAACCUUACGUUUAUCACCACAGUUACGUACCAUUUCUUAUCAAGUUACGAUGGCUAAUGAGCAAAACUAAUAUUUACGACGUAGAGACAACUAUGUACAAGUGAUUGCUUGUUUUGUUGCAGACUGGAUUUGUUUGCCUGGGUAUUUUAGGAUUGGUCGCAGUCAACAAUCCCGUGACAUUCGUAAUGGUGGUACCAGUGAUCAUAGCUUUUGUUUUUUUGCGGAAUUAUUACAUGAAGUCAUCUCGAGAAGUUAAGCGUAUUGAAGGAAUAAGUAAGUAGAUGUCGUCUUUGGUUCUUAUUUGUACUGUAAUAGAACUGAUGUGCAUAAGGACUCUGAAAGGUUAUAAUGGCAGCUUGCGUUGGACUGAAGAAAUCUUUUGACUCGCUAAAAAGAGGUAAAUGCAAUUGCAUUUACCGUGCUGGGCUAACGUUACGUCUGGCCCUUUUUAUACUUCACAGUAAUAAACAUUGUCUUAGUGUGAUAUUGACCUCAUAGCCCUGUGGCUUAGAAAAAGAAAAAAGCGGUAGGUUUUUUGCUUGUUGGUUGUGAGUAUGACAGUCUCUAGCUAUUUAUCUCCUCUUUCAUGAUGUUAUUUCUGUGUGGUAUUUUUUUUAUAUGUUAAUAGGUAAAGAAUGUAAUUUAUUGUUUCUAAUUAAUUGUAUCUCCCGCUUUCAGGUCGCAGUCCGCUUUUUGGCCAUUUUUCAACUACCCUACUUGGCCUUGACACUAUACGUGCUUAUGGGGCGGAGGAAACAUUUACAGAGCAAGUAAACAGUUAUCAGGAUGCCCAUUCAAGGGCGUGGUACACUUACAUGGCCGCACAGACCUGGCUUAAUGUCCGACUUGAAAUGCUUACUGUGCUGUUUCUCGCUUUUGUCGCCUUUGUGUCAACAGCUAUGAAAGGAAGUAAGAAGCAACAUACUCCUACAUUUGUAUGGAAAAUCUUUUUUUGAAGGUCGUAAUCGAGUUUUUAUUGUUACUUGAGGUGAGGUGGGGGCGGGGUAGCUACCAUGUUUUUAGGGAACGUUACCCCGAACACUUAGGGCUAUUUUGUUAAAAAGUUUUGUUCAAGGAAGGUUAAGUUUUUAAAAAUAUCAACUUAGCUGUCUGUUGAAAAUUUUUAGUUUGGUGCAUAUGAUGCACCUCUGCUGUUUUAAGACGUGCAUCACUCUUUUUUGUAGAAAUCUUUGCCGUCUCCGCACAACUACGACGUGAAAUGACCUAAUUUUAAGUGAACUUGAGAGCGGGAACGGCAAGGCGAAAAAUUUUACCAUAUCUGUCAAGCUCGUCCCCAGGGCUUUUCCCUCCACCCUGGGGACGAGGUUGCAUAUCUGUCUGAACUCGGGCGCGGUCCCCUAUCUUCAGAUCCAACCUAAAUUGUCUUCUUUCAUGUAAAAGGGUGACUUGGGAUAAUCGCCAAAUAGUUUGAACGAGUGCGAGGUCUGUUUUUCAGCGACGUUUUCAUAGACGUUGCCGUUGUCGGAUGGUAAGGUCCGAAAUCACUCGAAGGCUAGGGUACUGUAAACUGGUCUGUUAAAGAGGGGAAGAUGUUUGGAUAUUCGGGGCGGGGUGGGGUGGCUGGGGGGUGGAGGGGGUGGUUGCGGUGUCAACGGCAUCGAUAAAAUAAAAAAAAAAAAACCAUUUCGUAGGAAUUCGUUAGACUUUUUUUGACACACUGAAUUCUGUAAAGCUGCUCGUACUACGUGGAAAUUAACUUUCCAAGACAUCAACACGACACCGAAAGAACCGUAGACAGCUGUGAUUCUGUGAGUGUUGAAGUUAAAUGUCAGGGCUCUAAAACCACGUGAGCGGGUAAUUUUCAGCAGAGCUUCUCUGUUUGUUGCGCCGUACUGAUGAGGUACAAGAAUGGCGAAACAACUGUCUAUGGCUCCAACCCCGCUCUGUUUUGGGUUCUUUCGGUGUUGUAAUGAUGUCUUGCAAAGUUAAUUUCUACGUAGUACGGUCAGCUUUGCAGAAUUCAAUGUGUCUACUUUGUAUAUUUUUGCUGAUCAGAUCUUCUAUAAAACCCACGUUGUGCAGCAUAUACGUGUGCGGUCCUUUGCAGUUUACAUGACUUUAAUUUGGUUUGUUUCCUUUUUCAGCUGUUGAUCUGAGCGCUGGUGUAGUUGGACUCACUUUGUCAUAUUGUGUUAUGCUAACUAGUGUAUUCCAGCCAUUUAUUGAGGAGAGUGCUGAGUUAGAAAAUUUGGUGAGUUGAGUUCCUUACGCCUCAGCGUAGUGAUGAUGGCAACCGGGUUUAUCUGCGCUGAGAGAGGUUGACGUAAUGUCAGAGGCUGUUCCUCACUGGGGCGUCAAGGCAUCAUAAAAACUGAUCCAUGAUCAAGCUUGGUUAAGACUACUAUUCUAAUAUAUUACGGCUUGCAGGGCUUGUAAGUUUUUAGCUUUGGUUUGAUGAGGUUCAAUAGAGAGGAGAAGUCGUAACGUCACGUUGCCAUGGUAGCAAAAUUUCUGGAUGACAACAAAUCAAAGCGUCACUUAAAAAGUGGAUUCGCACUGUUUCAAACUUCAUCAAUCUUAUUUAAUUUCAUUUAAUUUGUCAAACGUUGGCGAAAUCUUCUGGGUUGAAUCCGAAAGGACCGUAUCUAAGUUUAGAAAAGAAAAACAAAAUUUUUGUGUUGUGCUCACGUAAUCGAUAAAGCGGGCGAGUGAAAUUAGGAAGUUUCAUGUCGCAGUCGUGCAACAACGGCUAAGAAAUGUACAAAGAAGCGUGAUGCACGUGCAAAGUUGUUCUUUUGCCAAUCUAAAGUUAAGUUAUGCACCCUACAAACAAAAAAUUUCUUUACUACAAAUUUAAAUGAACAAACGCUUCUAAACACAUUAUUUAUCAUUAUUUAUAAUCUAUAUUUUUAUAUUAUCGUUGUGUAUGUAGAUGACAUCCGUAGAACGUAUCGUGGAAUACUGUCACUUGGAAUCUGAGGCUCCAGCAGAAACUAACACCAAACCUCCUGUUGAUUGGCCGAGCCGUGGACAGAUCGAGUUUGACAGCAUGUCAUUCACUUAUCACAAAGGAUUACCUGAUGUUCUUCAUCAUAUCACCUGCACUAUCAAGGCAACAGAAAAGGUGUGUAGCCAAACUAUAUUUACCCUGUGGUACUAAAAAUUAUUUACAGCAAUUAAAAUUGCUGUAAAUAAUUUUUGCAAUCAGCGAAGACGGGAUUUUCUCGCUGGAAAUCGAUAUGUACGAUCGGUUAGAGAGUUGCAUACAAUAUUUUUUUAUGUGGACGCACAUGCAAUCGAGAUACAGAUGAAACAACAUGGAAAUGUAAUCGUAUCCUCUUGUGCCGUUCAAAGCUCUGACUGACUGACACCUGUAUUUUACUUCGUCGUUAUUCAAUUUCUGCCCUCUAAUCGGUAUAAUAAUCUCGACCGUGGAUUAAGUUUUUAGCAGCAAAAGUUUUAUGAAAACGUUUUUCUUUUUCAGAUCUUGAAAAUGCGCGCAAAUCGCACAAUGCCUUUUGGUUUCUUGGCUUGUUUAUAAAGCGGAGGCAAUGAUGAAGUCUUCUUAAAAUAAUCAACAAUGAAAGCUAUUAAAAGAUUACCUAAAGAACGAUAAGAGCGGGGCUUUAUUGUAAGCGCGCAGAGCAGCUGUAUUCUUGCUUUAGCCAUUGAUAUGAGCUAAGUUACUUCGCCUAGGUCAUCCUACCUUGACUUAAUAGCUAACACUUAACAGACAUCAACAGACAUUAUCAUUAUGCCGCAGUUUGAACUUUUGUAUGCUAUAUACAGUUAAAAUAGCAUGACGGGGCGUUUGAGCGUAGCCCGUUGACUAUAGUGAAAACUUAGCAUAAAAAUAUAUAUAAAAAUUAGCACCAUCAAUAAUACUCCUUUUUUUGAAAAAAAAAAAAAUUCUCUCAAGCAUAUCACUUAUUCGGCUAUAAAAAUUCAUCGACGAUUACUUCAUAACUUUAAAAGUCCAAAAGGUUUUUAAGGAGGCGAUAUUCAUUGUUUAUGUUGCAACUUUAAACCUCCGAGCGAUGUUUAGUUGUUCCCGAAAGUACAGCCUUCUACAUGUUAUGAAGAACUCCCUUACUCUUACUUCCGACCAAGUUCUUCAGCUUGACUUCUAAGUCUUGGCACCACCCCCUUAGUAAGUCCAUUAUGAUACCAUAUUGUUUCACUUCAUAUCCUUGGUCCUUCUGCUUCAAUUCCCAACGGAGCGGUCCGUAUUUCGUGGUUUUCUCCUCCUCCUUUUUCUCCCAGUUUGUAACCCAUGGGCAGCUCAUCUCCAGCGAGAAGACUCGCUUUGACUCGUGGUUGUUAAUGCGAGCAUCUACUCUGUUGGCUCUAACUUCUUGGUGCGCUGCAAAUAGAGGGACAUCCCAGAAUGCUUGCGCAUUGUUCGCCUCGAACACUGGCUUUGGUUUCAGAGGCGAGUACCAAGGUGGCACUGAGUUUACAAGGCCUAGGUCUUGCAGAACCUCGAAGAAAAGUUAUUUCAAGGCUACGUUAUGUCGGGUAACGUACUUGUUCUGUGCAAGGGCAGUACAACCAGCCAGGACAUGGGCGACACUUUCGGGGCCUUAUUACAUAGCCUGCACAUCACCUCACCCGUCGUAUCCGUGUGCGUUUUCUGGCAGGUAUGCAGCCUCGUAGGUAAUAACUAUCAUUAUUAUUAUUAUCAAUAUUAUUAUCAUUAUUAUUAGCAUCACCAGAUCACAAUGUAUUGUUAGGUGACAUAACUGAUUUCGUGGCGUUUUAGAUUGGUGUGGUUGGUCGCACUGGUGCUGGAAAGUCAUCCCUUCUUUCCACAUUGUUCCGUUUAGCAGAACCUCGAGGGAGAAUCGAAAUUGAUGGUGUUGACAUCAAAGACCUGGGACUUAAAGAUUUGAGAAGCAAAUUAUCCAUCAUUCCACAAGUACGAAAAACGUUAUGAUACUUUGAUAAAGUAAAGGGGUCUUUCUUAGAAAGCACAAGACGUUCGCAUGAUAACCUAAAUCUAGAAACGUAAUCAUAACUAUUUUACAACAGGCGGCUUUUUAUGUAAACUUAAGGUCAUGUAGUGGCCUUCAAAAAGUGAACCUGAAAGCCACUUUCUUCUUUUGUGUAGUUUAGUGCAAAGCUAAUAAGUACUGAUCUUACAGCAGGUUUAAACUUUAAGACUUUGUACAAAAGCAGUCGAAGACACCUUACUUUUCGACUCAAACGAGAGUAUUGAUCACAAUAACAAAGAAUAUUCUACUAUACACGGCGCUCGGUAUGUUUGUAACUAGGCCACCGUGCAGUUACCGUUAAAGGAUAUAAUGAACAAGAGUUUAGUCCCGAUUUAACAUCUCAUUUCGUUUUGUUAAGCUCUAAAUUUACAGCAAACUCUGUUUAGCCAUUUUGGACUUAUCUAAUAUCAGUUAGAAUGUAGACUGUGUCAUAUAAAAUGCAAUGUCCAAGCUUGAUAUUUAGUGGUUAAAAAUCAUUGAUGAUGGUAUGACUGGUAUCCAUGGUUUUGGUGAGGACACAAGUAUCACCCAGAACGGUCACACAGGUCGAUUUAGAUCGAUGUUUUCGAAACAUUCGUAAAUGUAAUAGCAUUUCAUUUUCCCAGAAGUUUGAUAACUCGCUUGGAUCGGGAUUCUUUCUGUAUCAUUUCACGCUUAUCAAGGGACACUGUUAUUCCUCCAUUGCAUGGAGAAAAUUUCUAUGUACCAAUGAGGUCACCAAUGAAUACCUAUAUUUCUAACAUACGUUGUGUCACUCUAGGAUCCUGUAUUGUUCAGUGGUCCUAUGAGAAGAAAUCUGGAUCCUUUUGGAUCACACAACGAUGCUGAGCUGUGGAAUGUACUUGAAGAGGUAAUAGCAAAACUUUACCCUUUUGGCUAAGAAAACAUUUAAUGAGAUUAAUUUGUUGUUUGCAGGUGCAACUGAAACAGGCUGUCGAGGAGUUGCCUAAAAAGCUAGAUGAGGAGCUUGCUGAAUCCGGAUCAAAUUUCAGUGUUGGACAGCGCCAGCUUGUUUGCCUAGCACGCGCAAUCUUACGACACAGUCGUAUUUUGGUGAUUGAUGAGGCCACUGCUAACGUUGACCAAAGGUUAGGGCUGUAAUUCAGUUCUUUUUUUAAAAUGUCUCUUUGUCUCACACUGUUGUUAACUUGUACUCCAGAAGCUUAAAGACUCAUUUUACUCUGCGUUUACUUCUGCGUUUGUAUCCUCAGAUUCCCUUUAGAAAUUGAAAUCAUUAGUCCAACUCGUGGAAAAUUCACGUUACUGCUUGGUGCCAGUUAAAUUGUUUUACCGUUUAAAAGUGAUAGUUGUCAGCGACCUACUGGGAAGGAGAUGAAAAGAUGAAAAGAAAGGAUUUAAACGAGUUCUUCUGUUCGAUACUAUCGUCUGAUGAAGACCUGCAGUACGCGGUCGAAACGUCGCGAUCAAUAUCUAGGUGGCAAUUGUGAGACAGACGAUUAAUCAGUGAUUAUCCACGAUGAACAAUAUCUUUCAUGACAAUACUUUUGUUCUUCGUUAAUAGGACAGACGCUUUAAUCCAGGCCACCAUUCGUGAAAAGUUCAAGAACUGUACUGUGCUGACGAUAGCUCACCGUCUUCACACCAUAAUGGAUUCAGACAGAGUCAUGGUCAGGUUUCACUUCAUUUUAUGAUGGUAGCUUUGCUUUUCGUUCUUGUGACCUUGUUAUAGAGGUUAGGUCAAACGUCUCCUUUUUCUUAAGUUCAGCAAACAGUUUGCUGAAAAGAUGAUACCGAAAAAUUAGGUGUGUCAGUAAACAGUGGAUUUGUAUCUAUCUUUUGGAAGCGAGGAAGUAAAUUCGGAAUUUCUUUCCUUCUUACCAGGUAUUAGAUGCCGGUCGUCUUAAAGAGUUUGACGCACCUUAUAUAUUACUUGGAAAUCCUCGCAGUAUUUUUUCUCAGCUCGUGGAACAAACUGGGACUGGUGAGGCGAAGAGAUUGUACGAGGUCGCUCGCGAUAAAUACCACGAGCAGCAUUCCAUAAUAUGGGAGACACCGGAGGCUGGAGUUGAAAAUGACGCCAAUAAGACUCAGAACCAGCUAAAUGUUGAUCAAAGUGAUGUUGAAAUCAAUGUGGAAGCCAAGCCAGAUGCUCAGUCUGGCCAAAAAAGCCAAGAUAACAUUCCCUUAUGAACAUAGCGACAAAGAUCCUACAAAUAAUCUUCGUCUUAACUCUAUCAAAGAGCUUUUAGAUUGGAUUUUCAGGAUAUAAUAUGCCCAAAAUGUUAAACUAUAUGAUAUUUUAGGCUAGUUUUAGAAGAGUUUAGUUUGCGGUCUUAAGCGGUUUAGAAUCACUGAUGAUCUGUAAUGAUUUAAUGGAAGACAUAUGAGAAGACUGAACGUUUUAUGAAGGCCGGGGAAUCAUAAACUGGCUGAAGCACAGCAGGGAAGAUUUUCUUUACAUACAGUUUUUAUAACUCGUGCCUAAGUUAUGUGAAGUGCAUUUUAUUCGACCUGCUUUUGUUUAGUGUGG